AGGCGGGGGACUGAAAUGCUGCGCCUCCUUUAAUCCUUCUCUUCCCCCUCAACAAGCAAGCGAACACAAUUAGAAAGGGAUAGCAAGCAACUCCCGCUUUAAGGAUGACUUCGCAGGCUGUGCUGUUGGCCAGCGGCAGUGCAUGCGGGCAUGCACUUGCAUGUUCACUUCCCAAACCAGAGAAGUCCGUCCAUGCCGUUCGAUGGGCACACAAUGCUGUGAGAAAACAUCAAGUGAAAGUGGCCGGCAGGCCUGUGCCCACCAGUCGUAAGCCCCAGAUGCGUCAGCCACGAUGGGUGUGCAUGGCAGAGGGGGAGGAUGGCAGCACCCAGGUGAAGGAGAAGAAGAAGGAAGACUUCAGUGUGGCCAGUUAUCUGAAAGCCCUGGAGAACCUGAAGAAGGCGGAACAAGCUGUGGAGCAGCUGAAGAACGAAGCAGAGGAAAACAACCACGAGCUUCCCAAAGCGGAGGAACAGCUCAAGACAGCCAAGGAGACGGCGCAGAAGGUGGAAAGCCAGCAGCAGAAGAAGGGUGCGGAGCUGAGCCAGAAGGAUUUGGACACUCUGCAUGCGGCGAUUGACCAGGCGUACCAGACAGCCAAGGAACAGGGGCUCAUCAAAGACCCACUCGACCUAGGCAAGCUGCGAAGGGCGUUCGAUUACAAUACAUUCAAUGUGACGGACAGCAUCCGAUAUGGCUCCGGAGGCAUCUUUCCGGGGGCUUUGAAGAAGCCGCUCGAGGAGGUCCGCCCUGUGCUGGAGAAGAAGCUGAAGGAGGCGGCCGGAACAGACGUAUACGUGUGGUAUAACUACGCAGCUGGGACGGAGGACACGGUCAUCAUCGUUGUUCAGAGGAAAGAAGACGUAGACCAGUUGCUGGAGGCCGGCUCUCUGAAUAAGCCCCUCGGCUGGGGCCUGGUGCUCUUUCUCGCGGUCGCAACCGUCGCCAGUGUCGGCUCCCUUGGGCUGUCUUUCCUGCCGAACGCCCUGGUCAACAGUCAAGCGGACAUCUGGGAGAGGCUCGGCCCCAUCAUGCUGGCAUUUGGCAUCAUCGUUGGUGUGUCUGAGACGUCCACCCGUUUGGUGGCCAAGAAGAACGGCGUGAAGCUGGGUCCCACGGUAUUCAUCCCGUCCGGUUGGACCGGCUGCCUCGGUCUCGCCAACAGCUUCGAGUCGGUGCUGCCAGACAGAAACGCUUUCUUCGAUGUUGCCGCGGUUCGAGCUGGCAGUGCCCUGCUGACGUCACUGGUCCUGGCAGCAGUGGCGCUGUACGGCGAUAAAGGCGCCACUGGUGGACCGCAUCCGCUGUACAUAACCCCCACGUUCUUCGUGAACAACCCUCUGGUGUCCUUCAUCCAGUACGUCAUUGGUCCGUACUCGGAUGAGCUAGGCAACGUGCUGCCGCAGGCCGUGGAAGGCCUCGGAGUGCCUGUCAAUCCGCUCGCCUUCGGGGGCCUCUUUGGCAUCGUGGUGUCUUCGAUCGACCUGCUCCCAUCGGGGCGCCUCAGCGGAGGCCGCAUCGCGCAGGCGCUUUUCGGUCGCAAGAUCGCGCGCCGCAUCAGCUUCACCACCAAUCUGCUGCUCGGGUUGGGCGGACUGAGCGGCAGCGUGCUGUGCCUGGCCGUCGGCUUCAUCGCGCUCUUCUUCCGGGGCGGGGAGGAGCUGCCGGCGAUUGAUGAGAUCACUCCCGUGACCAAGUGGAGGUUUGCUGUGGGCUUGUCCCUGUUUGCCAUCCUCCUGAUCACGCUCUUCCCAAACAGUGCUGGCACCUUCCCGAGCACCUUCUACAUCCCGCCCUAUCUGGAACGGUUGAUCAAUCCAGAGGUGUAAACUGGCGGGAGAAUGCAGGCUCGCAAGAUUUGUCCUUCUCGGCCCGUGUUUCGUUUCGUGUGUCUCACAGAGCUGCAUAGUCACGAGUUGAUAGUCUUAAUACGAUGUGGUGAAUGUCGUUGAGAGGGACAUAAAGCACGGUACGCCGAAGAGGCAGACCGUGUCUGUUGGAUUGCCGUAAGCAGGUUGUUUUUGUGAAUCUAUUAGGCACACAAGUUUUGAGCUCUGGAAGGCUUUGAGUGUAUAGCUGCACCGAUCAUGUUCAUAAGCAUAGGGGAUCUCCUUGAAAACUCGAGCGGGUCCAACACUGUAACUUAAUAAGCACGCAAAGGAGCUUGCACAUGCAACAAUCAACCUACAGACCUGCUGCCCAGUCCGACUUGAACUUGGAUUACCGGUAUGUUUGUC